AGCCGCCUUCCGCUUCGCUAGUUCUCCUCCCCAACAUGGCGCAGUCGGUUAACAUCACGGAGCUGAACCUGCCGCAGCUAGAAAUGCUCAAGAACCAGCUGGAUCAGGAAGUGGAGUUCUUGUCCACGUCCAUUGCUCAGCUCAAGGUGGUACAGACCAAGUAUGUGGAAGCCAAGGACUGUCUGAACGUCCUGAACAGGAGCAACGAGGGGAAAGAAUUACUCGUCCCACUGACGAGUUCUAUGUAUGUCCCUGGGAAGCUGCAUGAUGUGGAACACGUCCUCAUCGAUGUGGGAACUGGCUACUAUGUAGAGAAGACAGCUGAGGAUGCCAAGGACUUCUUCAAGAGGAAGGUAGACUUCCUCACCAAGCAAAUGGAGAAAAUCCAGCCAGCUUUGCAGGAGAAGCAUGCCAUGAAACAGGCGGUCAUGGAGAUGAUGAGCCAGAAGAUUCAGCAGCUCACAGCCCUGGGGGCAUCUCAGGCUACCGCAAAGGCCUGAGAGCUUGUUACCGAAAUGGGGCAGAGGCAUCCGCUUUAGCGGCCUGGGACUUUGUGGGCGUGGCUUCCUGGAGUCGGGGAAAGUGAAGGGUCUUGUGUUUCUUGCUAAUAAACGUGCCAGCGGGACAGAA